GCUACUGCAGCUACUACAAGCGGGCGCUGGUAGCUCUGCUGCUGCUGCUGAAAGGCCUAAUGCUGCGCCACUCAAGAGGAGCAGUUUCCUUGUACCGGCUGUUUCUCGUGCUGUCACAACAGCGGAAUCCCCCAGUAUUCCUGCUGCUGCACAUUUGGAAGCUGCUGCUGCGCGUAUUGCUGCUACUGUCGCGAGUAAUGCUGCUGCUGCUGCGGCAGCUGCAGCUCAUCAGCAGCAGCAGCAGCACCUUUUCUGCCACCACCCGGUGCAGCAAUACCCGCUGGAGAACCGGUCAUUUGAGGUCCUGCAUUCUCAGCAGCAGCAGCAGCAACAGAAGCAGCAGCAACAACAAGAACGACAGCAGCACGAGCGGCACCAGCAGCAGCAGUAGCGAUAGCAGCAGCAACAGUAGCACCACCAAUACCUGCAGCUGUUCCUCAUACAGCAACCACAGCAGUUACUUCUGUCACAGGGGCAGCAGCGAGAGGUACUGCUCAAUCGACAACAGCACCAGCAGGCGGCAAUGCUGGGGCGCAAGUAGCAGCAGUAGCAGCAGAACAAAAAACAGCCACUAUGGUAUCUACUUCGACGUACGUAUCGCAUACACAGAGGCACAGCGCUCCAUCUCUGCCGGAGGCGUGAGCUGCAUGCGUAAGGAACUGGGGAGACUCUACAGCAGUACAAGCAGCAGAUUCUUCAUCUCCAACAGGAACUACACUGCGGGCGACAGCAGCGCAGUGGCAUGGAGGCCGUAUAGUGACAGCGGCAACGGAGACACAUACAGCAGCAGAAUCGAAGUUAGUAGUAGCCUCAGUGACCCCCUAGCCAUCUACAGGUGCGACUGUCUUCGGGGUACGAGCCGAACUCUCCGAAGUGGCACCGCUGCUAGCAGCAGCAGCGACAGUAGCGACCCCGCUGACUACGGAAGCAGCAGCAGCAGCAGCAGCAGCAGCAGAGCUGCCACUGAGCACAACGGCAGCAGCAGCAGCAGCGAUCGUAUUGGCCACAGCGACAGCACCAGGAGUAUCACUGGUCCUGCGGAGAGGCGGAGGACGUUGCAAAACGAGCGGCAGCAGCAGCAGCAGCGGCGGCAGGCCUUUGCAGUCGGCGGAUGCUGCUUAACUUCCGCUGCGGCUUCCAUGCAAUAUUCGUACGCCACUGACAUACAGCAGCAACCGCAGCGCCGGAUCCACACGAUACAGCAGCUACUGCGGGCUGAACAGCAAAACUUGCGGCGCCGGUGUGGACAGCAGCAGUCGUCAGAACCGAAGCAGCUAUUCGGUCGCCACAUGCAGCAUUACAAGCAGCCACUGACGCACCAGCAGCAGCAGCAGCAGUCCGCACAUCGGCUGGAAAAACAGUCGACGCAGACCCAAGAGCAACACUCCACGCAGCAGCACGUGCCGCGCGCCUCGCAGCAGCAACAGCAGCCAUCUAGAGAGCAGCAGUCCAUACAGCAGCAGAAGCAGCAGUCCACACAGCAGCGGUCCUAUACCGGCAGCAGAAAUAGAAAGAGCCGUAGCAAGGAGAAGACAGGUGACACCCGUGCCGCUCCUGCGAAGGGGGGUGUUAUCAUCGCGUUGUUAGCAGCUCCUCUGGCAGCUGUCGCGUCUGCUGCAGGACUAGGUCGAUCCAGUGAAGACUCAGCUUUGCAUAGCAGCAACAGCAGCGGCAGCAGCCAGAACAACUACAGUAGCAAUGCAUUUGCACAUCCUAGUCCCCCUAGCAGCAGCGACGGCAAUUCUACUUGUCGCAGCCUCCACAACAGCAGCAGCAGCUCCAACAACAGCACCCUCUCCUGUCAAAGCAACAGCAAGGUCAUAGGAAGCAGAGAUCUAUGUGCAGGGAUACUAGUGCAACAACAGCAGCAGCAGCAAAACACAGAGAUAUAUUUGCUGUGGGGUACGCGUCUUUACGGCACAACAAGACGUGCAGCAGGCACGUUAGCAGCGGCAGCAGCAGCAUCUACGUCAUUUCCACCCUCACCGGUAGCCGUACCACAGAUGGCAGCAGCACAGCAGCAGCCACAACAGCAGCAGCGCCAGUGCAAGCAGCAGCACCAGAUGCAGCAGCAACACAGUCCUGUACAGAGGUUACUGCAGGUCCCAAAGUGCUGCUGCCGGUGUCCUCUCUGUGAUGCUGCUGCCGUUAAAUGCGUGGCGCUGCUGCCGCUGCCUCCUGUGCUACUGCUUCCCUUCGCGUGCUACUGCUACCAGUGUCACAUUGGUGCUGCUGCUGCUGCUACUGUUGUCCUGUCACAGCUACUGAUGCUGUUAUUACUGUCCCUAUUGUACUGUUGCUGCUGCUAUUGUGAUCCUCUCGAUACUGGUGCUGCUGCUAUUGUUGUCCUUUCGUGCUACGGCUGCUGCUUAAGUUGUCCUCCCGGCGCUACUGCUGCUGCUGCUGUCGUCAACUCGAUGGUGCUGCUGCCGCUCUUGUCCUCACCGUGCUGCGGCGGCUGCUGA